AUGGAGGGGAGGGCGCUGCUUGGCAUGGCGAGAGACAACAAGCCAGAAGACAUCAAAGCGGCGGUGGCGCUGGGCAUCCCCGUGGACUACCCCAAUCCCAUAGGCCAGACUGCGCUGAUGGUUGCAUGUCUGUGGGGCAACCUAGAUGCAAUCAAGGUGGGUGGUGCCGCGGGUGUAGAGUGGGCCGCAACAGUUGCGCACAUCCUGCCACUGCUGCUGCUGCUGCUGCUGCUGCUGCUGCUGCUGCUGCUGCUGCUGCUGCUGCUGCUGCUGCUGCUGCUGCUGCCGCUGCCGCUGCUGCUGAUGCUGCUGCAGUUGGGCGCCAACCCCAACAAACAAAACCAGGGCGGCGCCGUCCCCUUGCACUUUGCGGCGGCGGCGAAGCGCAACUCGCCUGAGGUGUGCAAGCUGCUCCUGGCGGCGGGGGCGGAACCGGAGAUAAUGGAUGACAUGGGGUGCAUGCCUUACGAGCGUGCAGAGGACCCCGAGCUGCGGAAGCUUCUUGGAGGCCCAGACCAGCGGCUGUUCGACUUUGCAGCGGCCAAUGACGCGGAGGGCCUCCGGGGGCUGGUGACGUCGGGCGCCGUCAAGAGCCUGCGGGCGAUGGACCAGCAGGGCCGCCACGCGCUCAACAUCGCCAUCGCGCAGAACAACGGGGUCGAGGCUUUGUCUGUGAUCCUGGAGAUCGACCCAGAGCUGGCCGCCCUCCCCGACAUGACCGGGGACGCCCCCCUGCACGUGGCGGCCGAGGCGGGCGCGGAGGAGGCUCUGGCGGUGCUGCUGAAGCUGCUGACCCGGGAGCAGGUCAACCAGCGAAACCUCCAGCUCAGCGAAUACACGCAAGGCGCGCCGGCAGGGGCCGGGGCGGCGCGGCGGCACGGCAGCGCUUGGCACGGCACCGGCCGCGCCCAGGAUGGAUGGCCUGGACGCUCCUGGCUGUCUGGGCAGGAGGUGAUAAAGCCGUGGGACAAGACGGCGCUGGCCAUCGCCGUGGAGGCCGCCGACGAGGACAUGGCGCGCGCCCUGCUCGACGCAGGCGCCGACCCCAACAUCCCGGACAUUGACGGCGCCAGCUGCCUGCACCUGGCGCUGGAGGGGCAGGAGGAGGGCAUCGCAGAGAUACUGCUGGAGCGCGGCGCAGACCCGAACAAGGCAAGCCGGGACAGCCGCAGCUGCCUCCACACCGCGGCGCAGCGCGGCCCGGUCGCCGACCCCGACGGCUGGACGCCCGUCCACCUGGCGGCGCGCGCGGGGUCGGCCGAGAAGGUGCGGCUGCUGCUGGCGGCCGGCGCAGACCCCGCGGCGACCACCAAGCACGGGCACACGGCGCUCGCGCUGGCGGCCACCAACGGCCGGACGGAGGUGCAGCAAGUCCUCCUGGGUGCAGCGGCGGCGCCCCAGGCUGGGGCCGCGGCGGCUGCGACAAGCGCAGCCCCCGCGGCGGCGGUGGCCGGCGCGUGA